AUGAACCGUCUAUCUGGUGACUAUAUUGAGAGCUUGCUCUACAAGGUGUUCUCUACCCUAUCCUCUCAAUCAGUUAAAGAACUCUCCGAAUUGCUUGAAGAAGAGUUGAGUCUCGUCUCACAAGCAGUUUCAACAUUGAACAGGCUCGGAUUUGCGGAAAAAGAGGAUGAAUUCGAAGAUGAUAAUCUGGUUGAUACACUCUCUUCAACAUCUCUUGAUGAGCCUGGUGACAUCAAGGAAGACAAGGAUGCCCAUUCCAAACUCGCGUUGAUUUACGAUUCGAACUUAGCUGCCUUGCUCAUGAUGGGAAAUCUUUCAGCUGGCCUGAAAAAACACGCUGUCACCAUGUUCGAGGUCGGUCAAUUGAGAAACGACCAAAUUGAUGCGCUGACUGAAGAGCUUCGUCUCAUAGAUGCUGUGAUUCAGAAGCGGUUUGCGUCUCAAUAUAGUAUGAUAAUUUCCAUGGCCGAUAUCAACUGCUCUCUGCCUUCUCUACCUCCUGAUAUUCCAUUUGUGGGAAACCCAUCUGGCCGGCGUUCGAAUCCAUGGCUGCAAGUUCUUCUUAGCCUGAAAUCUCCGAACGGUCCCUUCGCUCUUGUUCUUCCACGAGGCUUUAGGCUUCGGUCCUUUCCAAAAUGUCUGGAAACUGCUCGCAAAUUCAAAGUCUACCCCUGGGAACAUGACAUUCAAAUUCUUUCUUCUUCAAUGGGCCUUUAUCAUCUAAACGAAGCACUUAUCCACCAUCCCAUAGUACUGAGAAAUCAUUCCAACGACCUACAGCCCGUAGCUCUUCCACAAACCCAAGAAGAAUUAUCUAGUGCUGGAAUACGCGACGAUCAGCUCGCGACUCUUUCAGACCUCGUCGACCCAACGAAGUGUGCUGGCUACAUUUCACAGGUUGAGCUUGACGGAAACACCUUUAUUGAUGCCAUCAAUUUUGGAAUCCCUCUAACUUCUCUCGAGCUCACCGCAAAAGUUUGUGACGGGAUGAGUACGAUAGAUCCAAAAGCAAUAGAAACACAUAAACAAUGGGAUGACCAGCUUCAUGAAUUGAUGAGCGAAUAUGGGGACAACGAGGAAGGCUCAUGGCCGACGAGGGCCCUUCUUGUGCGAGACGGAACGAUCGAGUUUUUCGAUGAAUGA